AUGCUGAGUGCAGCAGAAGGCAUCCUCCUUUGUGUUGUCACUAGUGAGGCAGUGCUGGGGGUUUUAGGAGACACAUUCAUUGCACUUGCAAACUGCAUGGAGUAUGCCAAGAACAAGAAGCUCUCUAAGAUUGGUUUCAUUCUCAUUGGCUUGGCGAUUUCCAGAAUUGGUGUCGUAUGGAUAAUAAUUUUACAGGGGUAUAUGCAAGUAUUUUUUCCACACAUACUUACCUUUGGAAACAUAACUGAAUAUAUUACUUACAUAUGGGUGUUUCUCAAUCACUUAAGUGUCUGGUUUGCUACCAACCUCAAUAUCCUCUACUUUCUAAAGAUAGCAAAUUUUUCCAACUCUGUAUUUCUCUGGCUGAAAAGUAGAGUCCGUGUGGUUUUUAUCUUUCUGUCAGGAUGCUUACUUACCUCGUGGUUACUAUGUUUUCCACAAUUUUCAAAGAUGCUUAACAACAGUAAAAUGUACUGGGGAAACACGUCUUGGCUCCAGCAGCAGAAAAAUGUCUUCCUUAUUAACCAAAGUUUAACCAAUCUGGGAAUCUUCUUUUUCAUUAUUGUAUCCCUGAUUACCUGCUUCCUGUUGAUUGUUUUCCUCUGGAGACACAUCAGGCAAAUGCACUCAGAUGGUUCAGGACUCAGAGACCUCAACACAGAAGCUCAUGUGAAAGCCAUGAGAGUUCUAAUAUCUUUUGCGGUACUCUUUAUCCUGCAUUUCGUAGGUCUUUCCAUACAAGUGCUAUGCUUUUUUCUGCCACAAAACAACCUACUCUUUAUAACUGGUUUGACAGCCACAUGCCUCUAUCCCUGUGGUCACUCAAUCAUCUUAAUUCUAGGAAACAAGCAGCUGAAGCAAGCCUCCUUGAAGGCACUGCAGCACUUAACGUGCUGUGAGACAAAAAGAAAUCUCUCAGUCACAUAA